AAAAGAAAUUAAUAAUUAUUAUAAGCAAUAUCUCAACGCUUGUUUCGCUUAUUUCAGUGCUUCCAAACCAAAGGAAACUCUCCUGCGGUUUCCCCUCUUUGUCUUCACCACUUUUAAUUUCUUUUUAUCAGGUAGAAGAAACUACAGGGAGAGAAAAAGAAAAUGGAAGUUGUGGUGGCAAAAGCGUUGAAACCAAGCUUGCGGACAGAGUCUAUUUUCCCGCAAACAAUUUGCGAAGAGAUUCUGUGUUUGAACGCUAACAACGUUGUUGUCGGCGAAGAUUUCUCUGUCGACGAUUUGCUUGACUUUUCCCACGGCGAAUUCCAACACAGUUCCGUCGGAAAAGAAAUUGAUGAUUACGAGGAAGAGGAAGACCAGGAAAAGGACAGCGUUACCUCAGGUUCCUCACAUGACCGUACAGAAGACGACGGUAUCUCCAAUUCCACAGCGUUUUCCGGUUCCGCCGAGUCUGACUCCAUUUUUGCCGCCGGAUUGGAAGUUCCGACCGAUGAUGUUGCGGAUUUGGAAUGGGUGUCUCAUUUUGUGGACGAUUCUCUGCCGGAACUUUCUCUACUGUAUCCAGUUCGGGCCCGGCCCGAACCGGAACCUAGACCGAGCCCAACCGAAACUCCUGUUCAUCUCUCUUUAAUCCGUAAAAAGCCCAGAACCAACAAGACCAGAAAGCCCAACUGUCAUAUUUGGUCCUUCAACCCCGUACUUUCCGCGACGAAGAAGCAGAGGAAAAAGGCAGAGGUCCAACCAGGUGGACCCCAGUUUCAGCGACGCUGUAGCCAUUGCCAGGUGCAGAAAACUCCACAGUGGAGAACCGGUCCACUUGGACCCAAAACCCUAUGUAACGCUUGCGGCGUCCGGUUUAAGUCCGGUCGGCUUUUCCCGGAGUAUAGACCGGCUUCAAGUCCGACAUUCUCUGGUGAUAUUCACUCGAACAGCCACCGUAAGGUUUUGGAGAUGAGGCGGAGGAAGGAGACGGAUGAGACUGCGUCUGGUUUGAACCGGGUUCAAAUGGUCUAGAGUUGGUUUAGUGGUAAGGUUAGAUUAGAUAUUUUGUCAACGAACCGGUCUGAACCGGUUUAUUUUUGGUAAAAUAGUCAAUGAUUUUAGUUGUAGUAACUAGUCAGCUAAGGCAGGUAGCGGAAAUUAGGAAAAGAGCAUUGAUUGUCUGUGACUAUGUCCCAUUCUCUCAGUGCAAUUAAUUUGUUUAAUUUAAUGAAAUUAAAAUAUAGUUAAGUCUAGGAUGAUGAGAAUUUUAAAUGAGGCCAUCUUGGCCAUCUAUUUUAAUUUUUCAAGUUGGGAUAUUAAUUUUAUUUUAUUAUUUACA